AUGAAUAUUACUCUAGCUUUUACCCAAAAAACUUUAACCUUUAUUGCAGCUGAAACCUUUCUUCAAAAUCAAUUUUCUUUGCCACUUCGGAUUGGCUACCACUACCUCGAUAAUUCGUUAACUGCAUAA